CACCAACAGUCGUACUCAGUACACAUAAAAAUGAACAAAAACAAAAAAUUGCAGAAAAUUGUGGAAAAAAAAAACAGAGGAUAGGAUGUCCUGGUUAAAGAAGGGGACCAAAAAAGUUUCCGAUUUUGUCCUUACAAAAUGGGCACCGGAAAAAGAACGCUUCCCGACAUUGGAAGGCCACCCGGCGGCCCAACGACACGCGGAGCAAGUUCUCGAUUCGCACGCAACCCUGAAAGUGAACAUCAAGAAAGAAUUGGGCCGGAAAAAGGAAUUCAAGAUUUACAGGUGGAGCCCCGAUAACCCGACCCAGAAGCCUUUUCUCCAAUCCUACUUCCUCGAUCUUCCCAAGUGUGGGCCUAUGGUUUUAGAUGCGUUGCAGAAGAUAAAAGCAGAGGAAGACUCGAGUUUAAGUUACAGGAGAUCGUGCAGAGAAGGGAUUUGCGGUUCGUGCUCGAUGAACAUUGACGGCAUUAACACUGUGGCUUGCCUUAAGCCAAUCGACACCAACACUAAUCGAGCUACGAUAAUAACUCCUUUGCCUCAUAUGUAUGUGAUUAAGGACUUAGUGGUCGAUUUCUCCAAUUUCUACCAGCAGUACAAGUUGAUAGAGCCAUGGCUAAAGAAGAAAAAGUUGUCCUCUGCUGACGGAAGAGAGAAUAGACAAUCUAUAGCGGAGAGAAAGAGGCUAGACGGGCUUUACGAGUGUAUAUUAUGUGCUUGUUGCAGUACAUCUUGCCCGUCUUAUUGGUGGAAUCCCGAGCGCUUUCUUGGACCAGCGGCUCUACUUCACGCCUACCGUUGGAUUUGUGACAGUCGCGAUGAUUAUACGGAGGAGCGGCUGGAGGCAUUAACGGAGGACAAAACGCGUCUUUAUCUUUGCAGGACUAUAAGAAACUGCACGGCGUGUUGUCCCAAAGGAUUGAACCCAGCAAACGCCAUCAACAAGAUGAAGACGAGGCAUUUGCUUUCUUGGCCAGUUGAGGAGACAGAGGAUGAAGAACAAAAGGGUUUUGGCCAGGCUUAGCGGCUUUUUUUUUUUUUAAAAAAAAAGUUCUUUAGUUUGAAGACGUGCUUCACUUACAAUAUUGCUGUCUCUUGUAUUUCUUUUAUUUUAGGCUUUUUAGCUUCCCUGUUAAAACAGACCUAGUCUUUUGUUUGUUUUUUUUUUUCAAGACAACAAACAAACUUGCGUUAACGCAAACAAAAGUAAAAGUCGAG